AAAACGCAACAAGCCUAGCUGCCUGCGGUCGGCGUGAAUCACAGAUGUCAACAGGUGGUUAAAACUUUAACUAAACAACACCGAGCCCGGAAGAUUCUAUAGCUCUUUGCUUUUCGAUGCUUGGAAACCGUUAGCCGUCGUAGUUUGUAGUGGUUUGUGUGGCUCGGUGUUCGCCGGCUGACCAAUGCUUCUUCAUCAGUACAUGAACGGAUCCCUGGAAGUCAUGCCUCCCACGCCGCUUCAGAAGGACACCACGUUCACCAAGAUCUUCGUCGGCGGGCUGCCUUACCACACCAACGACGCCUCUCUGAGGAAGUACUUCGAAGCCUUCGGGGACAUCGAUGAAGCCGUGGUGAUAACGGACCGGCAGACCGGGAAGUCCAGAGGAUACGGCUUUGUGACGAUGACGGACCGAGGAGCUGCAGAGAGAGCCUGCAAGGAUCCCAACCCCAUCAUCGACGGCAGAAAGGCCAACGUCAACCUGGCGUACCUGGGAGCCAAGCCUCGCAGCAUGCAAACAGGCAUAUCCAUCGGCGUGCAGCCCAUUCACCCAGCACUCAUCCAGAGGCAGUAUGGGUUGGCCCAGCCGUACAUCUACCCUCAAGCGUUCGUGCAGCCCAGCCUGGUGCUGCCCACUCAGGUUUCGGCGUCGGUCAGCACCAGCCCGUACCUGGACUACAGCGCCUACGCCCAGUACGCUCACGCCGCCUUCGAGCAGCAGUACCCGUACGCCGCCUCCCCCGCCAGCUUCCUGAACUACAGCUACGCCACCAGCCCCACGGCCGCCGCCGGCCCGGCCGUCGCCGCCACGGCCCCCGCCACCGUGCACCCCAGCCUCCCCUCCGCCACCAGCCAGGCCCCAGCCUUUCUGCACUACGCCCCGCAGCAGCACAUCCAGCCAGAGCGCAUGCAGUGAGGUGGGGGGGCACUGUGGACGCAGGUGGAGGAGUUCUGGGAGUAUUUGUUGCAGACUU